CUAAUCUCCAGGUUUCAUUCGUACCAACGUUCCAUUGCAUGUUUAUCGCUCCCCUCUUCCGCGCCCUGAGACACGUAUGUUCUCUCUCGGUGUCCAGUCUCCUGGCACCUGUCUGAGCGGCACUGUGUUACAUUGCCGUCUCCAACAAGUGUUUCAGAAGAACCUGUGUUUGUCAGCCCAUGAACCCAUCCGAGCAGCGCGGCCAAAUUGAAGACGGACCUUAUAUAUCACCCAAUCGGCUGUAUCCCAGGUAGGCAAUUACCCCCGCAGAACAACAACCAUGAUCAGUUCUACCUUAGCCCAAACGCUCAGCUCCACCCCUAUUUUCACCCCAUCGGUGAAAACCACUGCUUCGGAAAAGCUUGUUAGGUUGUUGACCGAUUUGCACCACGACUUUACCGGCUUCAUUCACCAGCAAGAUUCUAUAUCUCGCUUCACAACAUCCCUUGUGGGCUCCUUCAAAGAGGCGGUCUAUGCCUCGCCUAUCACAAUGAUCCCUACCUUUUACAAUAAGUCUACUGGGAACGAAACAGGACACUUUGUAGUGAUUGACUUGGGCGGCUCCACCCUCAGGGUUGCUGUGGUUCUGCUUGCUCUUACCAAUACCCAGAUCUUGGCCGAAAGGUCGUGGGAGAUCAAGGAUUCGUUCAAAGUGUUGAGCUACGAGUUUUUUGCCUGGAUCGCCGAAAGGGUUGAGGAGGUCUUGGACAUUCAGACGGCCGUCGAUAAGACGGGAGGCUUAAUUCAUGUUGGUCUCACUUGGAGCUUUCCGGUCAAGCAGACCUCUAAGAACUCGGGCAUCAUCCAGGAGGUGAGCAAAGGGUACCAGCUCACUUCCGAAGUUGCGGGCAAAGACUUGAAGGUCUUGAUUGAGUCGGCGUGUUUGAAGAGAAAGCUUGAGGUACAAGUGGAAGCCAUCAUCAACGAUGCAGUUAGCGUCUUCAUCACCGGGGAGUUUUUCGAUGAGGCGAAGCUUGCCAUUGUGUUGGGGACUGGUACAAACAGCUGCUUACCCCUUCCAACCCGUUUGUUCUGUCAGGAGAAACAGGUGGCGAACUAUGUUCAGAACGACAAGGAGUGUCUUGUCAACACCGAGUUGUCCAUCUUUGGUCUUGACCUCCUUUCAUAUGCCACCCAGUAUGAUAAGCUCAUCGACUUUCGGUUUGGCUUGUCCCCCGCGCUGAUUAAACCUCACAUGAAUUUAGAUAAUGGAAUUUUCCAGCCCAUUGAGGAAAUGACCUCUGGAAGGUACAUCUCCGAACUUGUGCGCUUGGUAAUGGUUGAUUUUAUUGCCCAGGGCCAGCUAUUCCGUGGCGCGUGUCCGCUCAAUCUCACCACAGCCUUUGAGUUCUCUGGAGAAUUGGUGUGCUUUUUGAGUGAGACGUCGGACAAUGACAAAUGCAAGGCAAAGUUGUCGGAGUUUCUACAGGUAGAAAGCGACAUUCUGCCGGUGAUUGAAGAUAUGGAUAUUGCUGUGGUUAAGAGUAUUAUUUCUGUGGUUGUUGAGAGGGGGGCCUUUAUUGUGGCUUGCUCCAUCUUGGCCUUGUGCGAACUCUCUCAGAUCUCAGGAGAUGACAAAGUUAACGUUCCCUUUGUGGGUUCCAUCCUCAACCACUUUGUGUCUUACAGAGAACAGGUGGAGAAGUUUUUGAACCAGGCACGAGAAACCCUUCCACGGAAGCACAUUCCUAGGUUUUGCUUGAAGCAUGCGGCCAGUAGCAGUGUUAUCGGUGCUUCCGUAGCCGCUGCUGUUAACAUGGCCUCCUCUCGUUCGUAAAUAUUAAAACGUAUAUAAUUACCCAAUGGGCUUAGAUAAUGAAUAUGUAUAUGACUACCCAAUGAACUUAG